AUGUUUGCUGUUGCGAGCAUCGCCUAUCACGUCGCCAGCAGUGCGAUCUGUCUGCUCAUGUUCUUUGUCUCGCCCUUCCUCGGAGAGAAGGUCGAGGUGCCGUACGAGGAUCGCGAACUCGAUAUCUCGCUACUCCACCUGUCUGCAACGGAGAUGGCGGAGCUUGUGGACCUGUCGAUCCGGCAGAUCGUGAGAGUCAACAGAAGCAUCAACGCGGCUGUCGCUGAGAGGUUCGCGCAAGCCAGACAAGAGGCUGCACGUGCUGAUGAGAGAGUGGCUGAGGCACGAGCAAAAGAAACCUUAGACAGCCUCCCUCCUCUCCUCGGGGUUCCUUUCAGCGUCAAGGAAAGCUUCUCUGUGCAGGGGAUGCCAAACACUUCAGGCUUGAUUGCAAGGACGGGAAGAAUUGCACAUGUAGAUGCUAAAGUUGUCAAGAGACUACGAACUGCAGGUGCCAUCCCUGUCUGCGUGUCCAACGUCUCAGAGCUCUGUAUGUGGAUGGAGUCCUACAACUACGUCUACGGGCUGACCAAGAACCCUUACUCGCUCCGACACUCUGUGGGAGGAAGCAGCGGAGGGGAGGCAGCCCUCGUCGCAAGCUGCAGUUGUGUUCCCUUUGGUGUUGGGAGUGACGUAGGAGGAAGCAUUCGGAUCCCUUCGGCUUUUAACGGAGUGUUCGGACAUAAGCCGACCGGGGGUCUGAUCCCCAACGACGGGCAGCAUCCCAUCAGCGGAGGUUCUGCGCGUCACGUCCUCGCAACUGGUCCGAUCUGCAAGCGUGCGUGCGACCUCCUUCCUCUCCUCCGGAUUUUCGCGACGCCGUCGAAGCUGGCAGACGUCAGCUCGCUUGCGCUUCCUGAGAAGACCCUCGGUGACGGUCGCGCGAUCGACCUCUCCAAGAUCCGGGAGAUCGUCAAGAGGCAGGAGGCGAUCGAGCAGUUCUUGGAGUCAAGAGGUGCGGAGGUGCGACGAGUCUCGACCCUCCCCUUCCUCUCACGAAGUUUACACCUCUGGUCCACGCGGCUUCUCCUCGCCCAACAUGAGAGGAGCAAGUGA